AUGGCAUCUCAAUCUCCACCCCCAAAAUCUCCACCUGCUGCUGUUCCACCAGCUUCCUCCAAUUCUUCACCACCUCUGUCUUCCCCUCCGCGUUCUAUCCCAUCAGGACCAUCAAAUGCUCCGCCACCUCAGCUCAAUUCUCCUCCACCCACCACCACUCCAUCACCUCAAUCCUCCCCUCCAACCAAUGUUGCACCACCUCCUCCAGCCUUGCCCCCGCCUCCUGUGUCUCCUCCACCUCCUACUACAUCUCCUCCUCCUCAGCCUACACCCUCUCCACGGCCAGCCAAUAUACCGCCUACAUCUUCAAGUCCUACACCACCAUCUAUCCCUCCUUCAAGUUCACCUCCACCUCCACCUCCACCUCUGCCUAGCGCACCAGCUAGCUCACCACCCCCACCUGUGUCUAAUACUCCAGCUAGCUCACCACCUCCACUAUCCAGUGCCCCUGCAAGUUCACCACCAUCUCCAUCAACUAAGCCACCGAUAAAUUCACCUCCACCUCCAUCGCCAUCAUCCAUACCCUCUGCAAGUCCACCUGCGCCACCAAAGAAUGAUCCACCUCCAGGUCCUCCACCACCAACACAAUCACCAGAAAGUCCGCCUCCACCUCCAUCUACCCUUCCCCCUGCGAAUUCACCUCCCCCACCAUUAUCCAAGCCGCCUCAAAAUUCCCCUUCACAACCAGCAGCCAAACCACCCCAGAAGUCGCCUCCACCUCCAGAACUUAUCUCACCUGAAAGUUCGCCCCCACCACCAGCAUUAGUGACACCCUUUAAAUCUCCACCUCCAUUUCUGACCCCACCAUCUCGUUAUCCUCCAGCAUCUCCCGCAUCUUUAAAUUCUCCUCAAAGGUCACCACCACCACCUCCUCCCUCUGUAGUGUCCUCACCAACAAACAACAAUUCCAGCACUAAAGCUCCCGAGAGCUCACAAUCUGCAGGUGGUGGAGGCAUUGGUACUGGAGUCACUGUAGCAAUUGUUUCAGUACUUGUCCUUCUAUUGCUAUCCAUCUUUGCAUCGGUAGGGUGGUGUAUAUGGAAGAGAAAGAAAAAGGUCUCUGGACUUGGUGGCGGUUACAUCAUGCCAACCUCUGUUGGUUCUUCACCAAAAUCAGAUUCCACUUUAUUGAAGGUCCAAAUAGCAGCACCUAUCAAUGGAAAUGGCUCUGGCAGUGGUUUUGAAAAUUCACCACGUGAGCCUGGUGCCUUGGGAAAUUCAAGGCCAUGGCUGCUUGUAUAUGAUUAUGCCCCAAAUAAUACUCUCUACUUCCAUCUUCAUGGUGAAGGUAGACCUAUUAUUAGUUGGGCUACACGUGUACGGAUUGCUGUUGGUGCAGCUCGUGGAAUAGCUUACCUUCACGAAGACUGUCAUCCCCGUAUUAUUCAUAGAGAUAUCAAGUCGUCAAACAUUCUCCUAGACAACAACUUUGAAGCUCGGGUUUCUGAUUUCGGACUUGCUAAAUUAGCAAUGGAUACAAAUACACAUGUUACUACGCGGGUUAUGGGGACCUUUGGAUACAUGGCUCCUGAAUAUGCAACAAGUGGCAAGUUGACAGAAAAGUCCGAUGUAUUUUCCUAUGGAGUUGUGCUUUUAGAGCUAAUUACGGGUCGCAAGCCUGUGGAUACAUCUCAACCCCUAGGGGAGGAGAGUCUUGUAGAGUGGGCUCGACCUUUGCUUAGUCAUGCACUUGAGACGGGGGAAUUUGAGAGGUUGGCAGAUUCAAGGCUUGAAGGAAAUUAUGUUGAUAGCGAAAUGUUUCGAAUCGUUGAGGCUGCUGCAGUCUGUGUGCGCCAUUCAGCUGCAAAGAGACCGAAAAUGGGACAGGUUGUAAGGGUAUUUGAUAGUAUGGCUACCUCGGACUUGACAAAUGGAAUGAAAGUGGGGGAAAGUGCAAUAUUUAACUCUGCACAACAAUCUGCAGAAAUUAGAUUGUUCCGGAGGAUGGCAUUUGGUAGUCAAAACUACAGUACAGAUUUUUUCAGUCAAAAUAGCUCGAGGAUGUCAUUGGAGAAUAGUCGUUAA